AUGGAAGACGCGCUGGACGCAUACGUGCAAGGCGCGUCGCGCGCGCCGUGCAAGGUCGCCGUGUCGGACCGUGUGCCAGCGGGUCGCGGGCUGGUGCUCACGGCGGACGUCGAGCCGGGGGAGCUCGUGCUCGAAGUGCCGCCGAGCGUGCUGCUGAACUGCUCGUCGAUGCACAAGCGCCAUGCGCUUGGCAAUGCGCCGCGGAAGAAUGCAUUUGAGAAGCGGGGGGCCGGCGGGCCUCUGUCAUCACACCAGGUUAUUUCGUGUGCGCUUGCGCAGUGGCGCGCAGGCGGGCGGCCGGAUACCGUGCUCGCGCCUUUUCUCGUAUCGCUGCCGGACGCAUUUCCCACCGCCCCGCUGACGUGGGCCGUCGAGGGCGGCAUGGAAAACACAGAUAUUUUAAAAUCACUGUCGCAUACUGCACGCAGCCGCGCAGACCAAGUAAAGAGCCGCUUUGAUCGCGACUGGCACCACAUCGCCGAGAUCACGUCCCAGGCCAUGUACCAGGACAUUUGGGCGUCGAUGGGCAUGUGUGGCACAGCACCGACAAUAUCCCAGCACGACUUUUUAUGGGGCUGGAUGUGCACCAACUCGCGCUGUGUCUACAUGGACUUGGGGUAUGCACAGCACCCGGACAACUUUACGCUUGCGCCGCUACUUGAUAUGGCGAAUCACACGGCCGUGCCGUGGCUUGAAUGCAAGGUGCGCUACGAUGUGCGUGGUGGCCUCGAGCUCCUUGCACCGAGCCAGCCCCGGCCAGAGCGCGCUGGGCGGCAGGGCUGGCGCAAGGGCGACGAGGUCUGCAUUACGUACGGCGCGCACGCGAACACGACGCUCCUUGCCGAGUACGGGUUCGUGCUCCCCGCGGAUCUGCAUCCCGACGAUGCGUACUAUACCGGGAAUCGGUACAAUGACGUCCUGCUCGACGAGGCCAUCAUCACUCUGCUGGAUACCCAAGGCGAUGUGGGGCAGUGGAAGCGUGAACUGCUCGAGAGCGAGGGUUACUGGGCCGACUAUUCCAUCCAUCCCUCCCCCGCACCGGCGCAUCCGUCGCACCGCCUACACACGGCGCUGCGCCUGGUCUGUAUGGAGAUCGACGAAGCGAAACGCCAAAAGACGCCGGGCGCACGGCCCGAGUCACGUACACGCACCGAUGCCGAGCGCGUAUGGCGCCUCGUCACGCGCGGGGGCCGCGAGUCGAUCUCGUCUGCCAACGAAGAUGCGGUGCGCAAGCAACUCAGCACGCUAUGCAAUGCGCUGCACGCGUCCCAUGCCCAAAAGCUAGCCAUGCUUGCUUCUAUACAGGGUACUGAUCCCGAGGCAAUACGCAUCGUACAGCAGGUGCUCUAUGAAGAGCAGCGCAUUGCGGAGCUAGUCCGUAUUUCCGCUGAAAAAGGCGACGCGUGGUAA